GGAUUCAAGCCACGAGGUUUGUCGAGGAAAAAUUAUAUUUACCGAUUUGUAGGAAUUAGGAGGAUGCCCUAAGUUAACCCCUACCGCCCAAGCGAAAAACGCGUUAUUUAGCGGAUAUGAUUCCCAAAGUCAAGUUCCUAAAGAACCUGCAUCACACUUCUUGGGCAUAUAUCUUCUGGCUCAACAUUAUGAAUUUUGCUGGGGUCAGACAAACCAAGCUUUAUCAUAUAAUAGAGCUGCCUAUU